AUGCUUGUUGUCGAAACUGUGUUACCCGAUGGAGAGUCAAGCGGCAACAUUGUGCUGGGUGACGUGCUGAUCAAGAUCAAUGACGAACCUGUGAUGGACUUUAUCGACCUUGACCGAAAAUGGGACACGAACGUCGGCAGCACCAUCAAAUUGUUGCUCCAGAGGCAAGGGAGCGACUGCGAAGUCACGAUCCGAGUGGGCGAUCUUUACCGUCUGAUACCUGAUCGAUUCGUGUCAGUCUGUGGAUCCAACUUCCACAAUGUCUCUUGCACGACUGCCAUGAGGUAUGGCGUAGCCAGAGGUGUCUUUGUGUGCGAUCCGCUGGUCUUUCUCGGCUUCGGCGAUAGCUCCGACUGUUACGUCAUUGUCGCGAUCGAUCAUAGGAAGGUGAAAGAAGACACCAUCUGUGACAUCAAGAACGCGAACGACUCCAGUCCGGCGCUAGAUGAGAUCAUCGUGGCGGUCGGUCUGCCGAGCCCAGCCCUUGUCACCCCGACCGCCCCCGCCGACGAUGCAAACCUCCCUGUUAGGGUCGUGCAGCAUUCGACAACUUCUCUGGAGGUCGAACGAUACCCGUCACUAUCGGCCAUCAAGUCCGAUGGUGGACGGCAAGACCAAAUGUCUCGGGCCUUCGACAGCAGCAAUGCAGGGACGGAGAGCACACUACCUGGUACCAAUUCAGGUCCUAUGGGGGAUUCUUACUUCCCAUUUGAUAACGGUGGUUUUGGUUCUUGGACCACAGGAGAGGGCCGGUACAAUUACGCCACCCUGGCUGGGAUGUACAUCCAGUUUGUUCUCCCCAAGAGUCAAGUCAUAUCACAUGAAAAGCUACAGGCUAUGAUGGCGGCCCACGCGGCCGGCAAAGGCAUUAGCCUGGAGCUUACAAGCAUUUACGGUAUCGGCAAACUGCUGUGGCAUCUACGUCUGCACCAGUCGAAUGGCGCAGCGCUGUGGCCGAUACAGAGCAUUCCUGGUCUUUACGAACAGGAGACGGUCAAGUCCAAUUUGGACCCUAACGAUCAUUUGUCCAAGGCACGUUGCUACUUAUUACGGUCUGUAUACUUCCUCCUACUGGGUGGACUUACGGAAUCGAUGACGGACUGUGCCGUACAGGCCUGGCUUUGUCGCGGUCAUUCGACUGGGACGUGGAGGAGCGCCAAAGACUGGUAA